AUGUCUAAGCCUCGUAUCGCCGAUCCAGAGGCCAUCAAGGUCUUUGGCUUGACGCAGAUCUACACCCCGCGUGACCAUCCUACAAUCGAUAUUGUCUUUGUUCACGGCCUCAACGGCCAUCCUCAUGACACUUGGACCAGCCAAACCACCGGUUGCUUCUGGCCUACCGACCUUCUCCCAGACGUGCUUGCCUCGCUGUGUCCCCGAAUUCUUACUUACGGUUACAAUGCCAACGUCACUGCCUUUACAGAUGGAACUUCGCGUGAUUCAGUCGUUAGCCAUGCUGAGACUCUUGCUUCCAGUCUCGCUGCUAAUCGAAAUCUGCGAGACUGCUCCAACCGUCCGAUAAUCUUCAUCUGCCACUCGCUGGGGGGGUUGAUUGUGAAGCGCGCCCUGAUUUACUCCCGUAGUCUCUCGAGUGAGAAGACAGAGCAUCUACGUUCGGUCUAUGUUUCCACUUUUGGCAUCCUUUUUCUCGGCACACCCCACAAUGGAUCCGAUAUUGCGAAAUGGGGUCUUUUGUUGCAAAACAUUUGCAAUGCUGUGCUUCCUAAGAAGUUCAUAGAGACAUCUCCGCAGCUUGUCAAAGCUCUGCGAGCCAACAACGAAACACUGCAGCACAUCAACAGCCUUUUCGCUGAUAUCAUAGGCCGAUUUCACAUCUACUUCUUCCACGAGACACGCUCCACUGAUGUACAUGGUACCCGCGAAGUGAUCGUGGACGAGCACUCAGCUGCGCCGUACAUGGAGGGUGUUGAGCGGGCGGGUAUCGAGGCUGACCACAGCCAUAUGUGCAAGUUUGAUGAUGACAAUGCGGCUGGUUAUGAAGUUGUGGCAGAGGCCAUUCUACGAUACUCACGUCAGGCCCCUGCUGUGAUUACAGAGCGCUGGACGGAAGAGAAGAAAUCUCGCAUCCGGGAAAAGAAGGCCAAGGCUAGGGAGAUCUAUGACGCAAAAGUGGAUGACACGGCAAAUCGAAGCAUGCCUAAUUUAAACGAAACCGGUAGGGCUUCAUACCUUCUCCCUGCACCGGAAGUAUCCGUUACGUUGAGGGACUAUGAGAUUGAGGAGCCUCCUAUUCGAUGA